AUGACGGACAUUGAAGGGACCUCACAGCUGGGCCACGACAACAUGAAGGGCCGCAGCACGGAGCUGAUCCCGUUACGGGAUCAAUAUUCCUCCUCAUUACCGACCAGCUCGAGUCCGGCGGGCAGCCCGGUUGGCCCACCACCAUUGAGAGGCCGCCGAUCUGAGGAAUCGGGGGUUUGGAUGGGCCCUGAGCCACAUCUUGCCAGUACUCCGGGAGGUUCACCGACACAACACAGACUCCGUGAACCGCUCGUGCAGAAACGCCGUGACAGCUCGUUUCAGGAAGUCAGCGCCGACUUCUUGAGGCUGAACGGUUCGCGGCAACAAUUCCGGAACCUGCUGUCUGCACGAAAAAAGCUGGGGCAGAUGCCACCAGCUUAUACGAGAGUCGACUGUUCAAGGGAUUCGUUAGAUAGUCAACCCCUCCGCCCACCCCACCAUGGCCCCGUCAUCACCGUCGAAGAUACCGGCUCCCAGCUCAAAAUCAACAGAGGCAAGACUUCCAUCACGUCGUCGAUUCUUGACUCGACCAAGUCCUCAUUUGAUAAAGGGAACAUCACCUUUGUCGAGACCGGCAACGGUUCGGCUCAGCAUAGCAGUAAUCACUCGAAUUUUAAUCUACGCCGAAAUAACAGUAGAUACGGUGUGCCGGUAAAUAGCAGUGCCGUUAAACUGAUCUAUCGAGUAAGGGCAGAACGGCUUAAUAACCGAGUCCGUAUCGUUGAUCGUGCUUUAUUCUUGGCCAUGAUUGGCGUGGUACUGAUGAUCGCGGAUUCUGAAGUGACUGGGCAACGAUUAUUCAAUUUAACGAAGGACUCCCUUCCUUCCCUGAUCUGUCGCGGCUUUGUUGUGAUGAGUACGAUCGCCUUGCUCUAUCAAAUUGUGUUAUAUCAUAUUAAUGAAAUUGUGUUGGAUCUGGUGGACUGUGGGGCUGAUGAUUGGCGGGUGGUGAUGACGACGUGGCGGAUUAUGCAAUUUAUUUUGGAAUUUACUGUAUGCGCAAUAUGUCCAAUACCAGGAACCGGUGAAAUGUCGUGGGCUUAUAUUGAGACGAGGACACCUGUGCUUUAUUCGAAUAAUAAUACUCAGCGAAAACAAGCGGAUAGCUUUUCAAUGAGAGACGUACCAGUUGAUGUUCUACUUUCGUUACUGAUGCUUUUCCGUUUUUACCUGGUCGCCCGUUUUAUGGUGCUUCAUAGCAAGCAAUUCCAGGAUGCCUCCACUCGUACGCUGGCAGCCUUGAACCGGAUCCAAGUCAACUUUUCGUUCGUCAUGAAAACAUUACUCGACCAGCAGCCGAUAUAUUUCCUUACCGGCUUCACCCUGGUCUUUUGGAUUUUGACCUCUUGGACUUUUGUGCAAUGCGAGAGAUAUGGUGACCGCUCGGACAAAGAUGCUCCAUCGAUCAUGUACUCGAAUGCUCUUUGGUUCAUUGCGAUCACGUUCAUGCUCAAUGGGUAUGGAGAUAUUGUGCCGCAGACGCACGCUGGAAGGAUUAUUGCAAUAUUUGUUGGCGUUGUGGGAGCAAUCAUCUCAUCGAUCCUAAUCGCCGUCAUAUCCCGGAACAUCCUUCUCUCCCAGGGCCAACGCAACGUCAACAAUUUCAUGAACGACUCGAAAUUGACGCGUGAACACAAGAAUGCUGCAGCCAGGGUGCUCCAACACACUUGGCACAUCCAUAAAUGCCUUCAAUCGAGCGAACCAAGCGCUGAUCGGCAGUUGCGAUUUUAUCAACGGAGAUUUUUGCAUGCCAUUCACAGAUUCCGCUCCAUCAAAAAUGAGAUCCGCGUCUUCGGUGAGAAUAACUCGGCGAACACUCAGCAAGUGACAAGGCUGGUGGCGGAGAUGCACAGCUCGAUGCAGAAGCUGCUCUCAGCCCAUGAGGAGAUGCGGGCACAAAUCGAGGUCCUGCAACGCGCCGUCCGCAACCACUAUGCGCAUCAUGGGAAUUGUUCAUCACGUGUCGUGUACUUCGAAGAAAACCCUGGGGGAGUCUAUGGAGACCACCGAACAACAUUAUUCACAACACCCGGCCUCCAGUGGAGGAAGCCCCGGCCGUUCGGA